UUUAUUCUGUGCUUAAACCUCACAGAAUUUAAAUCUCUGUUCAAUUGUUCGAGCUUCUAAAUGUGAGCCAGUUCCUGUAUGUAUGUAUGUGCGUGUGUACAUCAACUGUUGGGCUACAGAGAGAUAGCAGGUGUAACAGUUGCUCUCAAGAAAAUCAGUUCCUGUUCCUAGCACUUUAACCUGUGCUUUGAUUUCACUGUUCUACUCCUAACAUGUAUUUCUGUUUUAAACAUUUUUCAUUAUUACAUGUCUCCCUCUACCGAGAGUGAAACCAUGUGUCUAGGUGUCAAAUUAAUAAAAAAUGUUGCCACCCCCAAACAUCUGCUCCGCUCUGGCACCUUUCAAACAUUUUUUACUUUGGAGGAACAAGGUUCAAGAUGGAUGUUUGUACUUUGUGCAUGUUCUGUCUUUAUUCAGUGUAGACAGUUGUGAAACAUUGCCACCUGCUGGAGUGGUGAGAGUUGAUGAGACUUCAAAUAUAUGCGUUGAUACAGUCCCUUCUGGACUCGAUGGUCUGGCAGGGACUCGGGCGGACUACAGUUCCCCUCCGGGGGGUUGGUAAAUCUAUAGUUGAUCCACUAUUUGGGCUGAGAUGACAAAAAAGUCUAACAAUACUCAAAACAUUUUGAGAACCAAUACUUUAAUGACUACAAAAAUACAUAUUUAGAAAGGGUACAGGGAGCAUUUUGUCCCGUGUACAAGUUAGUAUUUAAUGUUUCACUAUUUACUCUCACUAUUUCCGUCCUCCGACCCUUUGGAGCGCUGUGGUAUCACCAUGAAACGCGCAAUGAAUUGUGGGAAUUUUAGUUCUUAGUCGAGGACGAUCUCAAGGUCCGAUUACAUCGAAACAGGUUAAAAAGAAAUAUAUAGAUUGUACCACCGUAAAUAAUUAAUCGACAUCAGGCUUAACAACCAUUUACCUCGGUAAUCCAGGGUCCAUGUUAAACCGCGAGGAAUCCGCUUACGUCGCACGGAAGAGAAUCGACUCAGUUUGGGGUGAAAACAAACAGGAAGUUGUUAGCUUUGUGGGACGUGUAGUUCCGCUGGUAGGCCGCGGAUAGUAACAAUAAACUUAGUAGAAGCUUCGCUCUGAGAGACAGCUUUUGAUAUUUAAAACCAAGUCGCUGAGGUCAUCAUGCCCGGCUUCACUUGUUGUGUGCCCGGCUGCUACAACAACUCGCACCGGGACCGAGACCUGCGCUUCUACACGUUUCCUAAGGACACGGAGCUGCGGGAGCAGUGGCUGAGGAACAUCUCCCGGGCCGGGGUCAGCGGCUGCUUCAGCACCUUCCAGCCCACCACGGGGCAUCGAGUGUGCAGCGUGCACUUUUCUGGCGGCAGGAAAACCUAUACCAUCCGAGUCCCGUCGCUCUUUCCUCUGCGGGGCGUGAAUGAGCGCAGGGGCAGGCGGGGCAGAGCCAGGAAAGUGUCAGCGGCGGCGCCCGCCCCAGCCGCGACCGCCACCUCCAACGUUGUGAUCACCAGCGUCCUGGGCAACACCGCGGGAGGGGCUGAAGGUACCACCGGUGGCGAGGCGAUCGACGACACCAUUACCGUGGUCCAGAUAGGCCAGAACGGCGAGUAUCUGGGCACCGCACGUCUACCUGUCAAGCAGGAGGGGACCGCGAACGCCGCCCCAGCGGGCGCUACCGGAGAGCUCGCGGGCGAGGAUCUCCCGGUGGAAACCGCUGGGGCUUCGACUCUGCACUACGUAAGCAACAACCCGCUGGACCACUCGUACUCCCUGACCACCGGCACCACGUCCGCGGAGCUGCUGCGGAAACUAAAUGAGCAGCGGGACAUAAUAGCACUAAUGGAGGUGAAGAUGAAGGAGAUGAAGGCGACCAUCCGACAGCUGCGGGUGGCAGAAGCCAAGCUGCAGGAGGAGGUGCGGGAGCGGGACCGGCUGCUCUUCGGGAACCCGGUGCCGUUCAACGUGCGGAAGAAAAUAUGAUAAAAUAUGAUCAGAGGAGGAGACGGAACGAGCGUCACACAGACCGAGACUAAAGGAGGGUGACACCGACGGGGAGGAUGAAAGACACUGCGGUGUCGUCUGUUUUGUACGAAAUGAGCAGCGAUGACAUCUCCUCAUCACGUGGAGUUUCUCUUUCAGAGGUCGGAGGUCAACCCUAGUUGGCAGCCUAGUUUAGGUGUAGCUGAUAGUUAGCAGCUCAUUUGUUAUUGCUUUAAAGGACAACAACCGCUGACCUGCAGGUCAACCAGAUCAUCCAUUCAAGCUUUUAGCUAAAACAAAACAAACCCUGGACUCAUGCAACAAACUGUCUUUAGUUGCAAAGGCUUUUUAUUAUUAUUAUUAUUA